AUGACGGAGGCUGGCUCAUCUACACAGCUCUACCAACUUAGUCAAAACAUUGAUCAGUACAGAUUGGAUCUUUUGGGGAUCACCGAGACUCACAUGCCUGGAUCUGGCACCACUCUACUUGACAAUGGCAGUCUACUCAUCCAUUCCGGUAGAGUCGACGGGAUCAAGAGACAGGGAGUCGGUCUCAGUCUUUCAAAACGAAUCAGAAACUCCCUGAUAUCGUUCACUCCCACAUCGGAGCGGGUUAUAACUGCUAGGCUGCAUAGUAAGCAAAUCAACAUCUCUGUUGUUGUGGCCUAUGCUCCAACUGAGGGUGCAGAGGAGAGUGAGAAAGAUAAGUUUUAUAGGACACUCACAGAUACAUUUGAUGGGCUACCUCGUCACGAUAUCAAGUUACUGCUCGGCGAUUUUAAUGCAAAAGUAACAUCAGGCAGAUAUGGAAGUGAAGCGGUCAUCGGUGGGGAAUCACUCCAUAGCUCAUCAAAUGACAACGGGACAAGACUUGUGGAUUUCUGUGCGACGAACCAGCUUGUCAUCGGGGGAACUCUCUUCGAGCACAAGAACAUUCACAAGGGAACAUGGCGGUCCCCCAACGGGCUCACCGUCAAUCAGAUAGAUCAUAUCUGCAUUGGAAAGCGGUUUCGUCAGUCACUUUUUGAUGUUAGGGUAUGUCGCGGGGCAGACAUCGGCUCCGAUCAUUAUCUGGUUCUAGGACUGCUGAAAAUCAAACUUCAGUCAGUGACAAAGAUCAACGCCAACAGGCCCAAUGUGCCUGCCAUUGAGCGCCUGAGGGAUAGUACUACGGUUACAGAGUACAAUGUGGCUCUUCAAAACCGAUUUGCAAGUCUGGAUAAUGAGGUCAACCUCGAGGAUAUGUGGCGUAAUCUCAGUCAGACCGUCACUGAUGUCUCACUGGAGGUACUAGGCAAAAGACCCCGGAAGGCAAAGGAGCAACACCUGUCACGGAAUACCAAGGAUUUAUUGAUUCAGCGGGCACAGUUUAAGCGUAAAGACCCAAACUCAGACGCUAACAGGUCAGAGUAUUCUAAACUUAAUAAGUUAGUCAAGAAAAGCAGCAAGCUAGACGACAAUAACUGGGCAGUUAGAGUAGCUACUGAUCUUGAAGAAGCAGCGAGCAAAGGUCAGCAGCGUGAGGUAUGGGCAAAGAUCAAGAAGAUCUCUGGUAAGAACAAGAAGCCUCAAGCAUCUUGUGUCCGGGACAAGGACGGUAGGAAGAUCACGGAUCCCCAACAGCAGAGGGAUAGGUGGAAGGAGCACUUUACUGAACUUCUGAACCCUCCAUUAUCAAGUGUCGACCUUGCCGACCUUGAUACAGUACCACCCCAACCCCACUUUAACUCUCUCUCUUGUUCGGAUGGACCACCCACCAGAGACGAGAUUAGUUAUUCCCUGACAAAGCUUAAGAACAACAAAAGCCCAGGAGUGGACGGGAUAACUAACGAGCAACUGAAGUAUGGUGCGAGUGCUCUAGUUGAUCAACUAGAGUGUCUAUUCAAGAAAGUGUGGGAAGAAGAGACUGUUCCUGAAGAUUGGUUAAAGGGUGUGAUCAUUGUUAUUGGGAAGAAAGGAGACACUUCAGUCUGCGGGAACAACAGAGGGAUCACCUUAAGGUCUACAGCAUCCAAGCUUUUUCAGAUGAUUCUUCUAAUUAAGCGGUUACAUGCUGGUAUGGAGUGUCUCCUCAGGGAGAAUCAGUGCGGAUUUAGACAGAACCGCUCAUGCAUUGAUCAGAUUUAUUCUCUCCGAACUAUUAUUCAUAACUGUCUUGAGUUUAACAUUCCUCUUUACAUUAAUUUUGUGGAUUUCAAGGCAGCGUUCGAUUCUAUCAGAAGGGACUUUAUUUGGUGCAGUAUGAGACACUAUGGGCUGCCUGAAAAAUAUGUCAGAAUAUUUCAGUCAUUUUUUGGGGGUACCAUGAGUGCCGUGAGGGUUAAUGGGGAGCUGACAGACUGCUCCUACGCUGGGCUCAGAAUAAAUGCAAAGAAGACCCAAUGCAUGGCUGUAAGCAAGUGCGCCACCCAGCGACCUUUCAUCAAGGAUGAUUGUAUUGAGCUGUCGGUUGAGGGUGAACCCGUCGAGCAGGAAGGCGGAAGCCAAGAAGUAUGCAUCUCCGAUGUUUGGAGCGGCCCGUAA